AUAUGAAAAAUCUUAAAAAACUACCUAUCUUAUCUUUAUUGAGAUAAAUUUCAUUAUGAUUCUGUUUAGUAAUAUAAAAAUUAGUUACGUUUUGGAGUUACCUGGAUGUACUACCAUGGCUUUUACAGUAUUAUUUUUAAGUUUUCUAGCAGUAGCUUUUUCUAAUUGUUAUACAAUAACGCAGGAUUUGUUACCAAUAUUUCCGACGCAAGAAAUAAUUGGUAAUAACUUAGUUCGUCAUCUUCCUAAUGGAGAAAACGUUACUAUAAUUUGUCCAGAUGAUACCAUUCUCAACAAGGAUACAUUGACCUGUGAUUUUAAAUCACAAGCAGAUAGUCGCAAUUUAGUAAAUGAAAUCAAACCUUGCGACAACAAUUGCAGGCAAUAUGAACUAUGCGAUGGAGGAUGUGUAGACAAAUUUUGCCCUCCGCCUCUACUCUUUAAUAAAAUUUUGGAAGUCUGCGAUUAUCCAGGACGCGCCAACUGUUGUGAAUUUAAUGCGAAGAACAACAGCAAAAUUUUACAAGGCUCCUAGUAGUUUAUUUUAUUUUAAUGUUUCCAAGUUGUGCCCUAAUUAGACUAAACAAGUGGCGAACAGAUUUAACAAAAAAUGUGUACAUAUUUUGCAGAGAAAUUUAUACAAUAUGUCUUUGUUUAUAUUUAGUAUAAAGUUGUAUUCAUAAUAAGGUAGUGAAUAUGUCAAAUAUUAUUGUGCUAUAUACCUAUGCAGUUUAUAUUUAUGUAUUAUACGUUUUACCUCUAAAUUAUUUAUUUUUUAUGAUAAGCCACUGAUAAACAAUAUAAAAUAAUGUCUGAGUACUGAAGUAGCUAUAGAAUAUAAUAAAAUUUAGUUUGGCAACA